AUGCAAAAUAUUCAUGCAUUUUUUAAGGAUAAAAAACUGGUCCCUCAAAGGAUGCAAUUCUCAUGCAAUUAUAUAACAGAUCAUUUGGAAUAUAAGGAUGAUAUUAAUGGAAAAUUGAAUCAAAGUAAUUCUAACAAAAAAAUUGUUAAUAAGAAUGAUAAAUCUAUGAAAAAGAAUACAAAAACAUUAGAUCAUGACAUUGAAGUAUCAGCAAUGUUAUCAUACUUGUCUGCAUUUUAA